ACGCGCUCCUUCGCUCCCCGCAUGAUGGCCGCUCGCUCGCUAAAUUAGGAUCCGAUGGGCCGCGGGGACACACACGCACACGUACACACAAAGGCACACACAGGCUCUUCACCGCGGGGGGGGGGGACGUGACCGACUCGGGUCCGAUCGGCGGAUACGUGCAGCGCGCCGAGGCGCCGUGUCACUCGUCUGAGCGCCUCUGCUCGGACCAAAACGGCCACUUUGCGUGGGAUCCUAACUACAGCUGUCCUUCAUAAGAACACCGAGUCCUCGAGUGGACACAGUGUGUCCACACCUCACCUGACUUGGUGGCACGUGUGCGGACUGUGGGGGAAAAGACGGCAAAAGGAGGACAAUCCCACUCUCUGCUACACCUGGCUGUGUAUGAGUUUGCCAACUUGACUUGCGCUGCUCUUCAAUGGCUACCACUAGCUUGGACGCCGCAGUGCUCGAGGGCUUCCGCUUUGAGACCAAGUAUAUCGUCCUCAACUACCUGGGCCUGCUGCCCUCUCCCGGCAGGCUGCAAAGAACCCGCGUUGCCCCCGAAGGUGAUGCCCAGUCUGCUGAGGCCCCGGGCAGGGAGAGCUCCAGCGCGGUGAAGGGCCACAUUGAGGAGGAGCUUCGACAGCUGGAGGAGGAGAUUGCCAUGUCCUUUGCAAGAACUGGUUUCGACCGCCACACGUCCUCCGUGUUCAGCCCGUCGAACCCGGAGAGCUCCAUUGAGGACUGUCUGGCCGUGUUGGGAGACCGUGUGGCCCGGGACCUUGAGGGUCACUUGAGCGCUGCCCUGCGGACUCUUCUGGAAGCACCCCUGGACUACGAGCGCUUCAGACACGCCGUGCAGGACGUCUCCUCUCACUGCCCUGGUGGCUGGAGCAAGGUGCUUGUGCCCCUGGUACUGCUGCAAGCUCUGCAGGCUGAGGGACAGCAGCUGACCACACUGGUGCCUCUAGGAGUGCGCUAUCUAGAGGAGGCCGAGGCAGAAUUCAUCAUCCAGCAGGGUGGAUGGGGCAUAGUGUUCAGCCUAGAGGAGGAGGACCCCAGUGUGAUCGUUGCUGAGGACAGUAAUGACAUCUACAUUCUCUCUGGGGAGCAGCAAGGUGACCUGCUUAGCCCCCCUGCAUCACUGAUAACCGUAGCUGACAGUGACCCUAAUUCCUGGCAAACUGAUAGCCUGCCCGUGUCUUUGGUGGGUACGGAGUCCUGGGCACAGGUGGGCAUCACGGAUCCCGAAGACGGUAAGAGCCUGGACAGCAACGAGGGUGGGACGCUGGCCGAGGAGCACAGCGAGAACAACUCGUCCAACUCGGACAUCGUCCACGUGGAGCGGGAGGAGGCAGAGCUGCUGGAGACAGGACCAGAGCCUGGAGGCCUGGAGGCAGAGCUGCAGGAGAGUGUCCUGAGUGUGCUGGGUAGUGAGAGUGAGCUGGCAGAGCUGCGGGCAGAGACCCUUGCGGAGACCCUGCUCCCUGUCAAGCCCUCUGGGGUCACAGAUCCACGGUGUCCGGUCCCUCUUAUACUGGAGUCCACAGUGCCUGUCCAGAUGCUUCCAGCACCAUUGGCAGAAAAACAGGUCAUGGUGGAAGCUCAGCUGGAAGACCUUCCCAUAGCAGACCCCCAGUGGAAGAGUGUGCAGGCCCCAAUCCCUGCACAGGAGCUCCAUGUUGCCCCACCCCGUGUGGCUCCCAUUCACAAUGAGCCUGAAUCACCCCCGCCUUCGGAGCUUCCUGUUCUGCUGUGUGGUGGUGCUGCCCUGAUGGCCAUUGUAGCCAUGGUGGCAUAUGGAGCCAUGGCCUAUAGGAGGAAGUAACAGCAGCCACCUCCUUCACACCUGUGCUGUCUGCACAUGCACACUUGGGGGAAUUUUUUUCCCCCCUUUUAUGCCAUCUCCUCUCAUUUGUGUGUUUUUAAUUCCUUUCUUUGUCUUCACAUAUUUCACUAUGUUCUGAAUACGUUCUUCUGUAAACCCCUCUGGCCAAGCUCCUUUCCUGUCUAAGCAGACUGCAGUUGGAGUGAACUUUAUUAAAUUCCAGCGUGGAUAGAUGUGCAUACCUUUGUCAUCCCACAUCUAAAGGAAACAUUUCCUUUGCUUAAUCAGGAAGCGAUAUUCACUGUUGACACUGAAAGGUGCUUGACAGCUGCUAAUUGUAUCUUACGUUUUGAAGUUAUUUUAAACUUAUGGCCUUCAUAGAGCACCAAAUAUGAUAUUCAAUCAUGGUAUAAGGAGGAGAUUAUUAUGCUCCUAUAAGUAAGUGGUAAUCUUAUUUUUGACAAAAAUGAAAAUACCUGCCAUCUGACACGAUGGGAUUGGUAUUAAAGCCUCUAUACCCCACAGGUUACCAGGGCAAAGAGUUGAUGAAUGAAUGAAUAAACGAACGAACGAACGAAUGAAACUUUAUUAAUCCUGGGAGGAAAUUCUGAUUUGGAAGUUUACAAUGAGAGAUUCUAGUUAUGUUUAUGCACACCUGAGAAAACAUGGCUACUCAGACAUGACACCCUUCCUUCUGUUCCUGCAGUCUGUCGCCUCAGCUCUUGGAGUCCACCUUGUGAAGCCUGGAGAGUUUGUGUUUUUUGUUAUCCCAGCAUUAAACUAACCAAAAGAACUUCACCUGGUUUUUGCCAGCAUGAAUAAUUUCAUUGGGCCACUUUCCUAUCAGUAAUUUUCACAAAUUGCAAAAAGCAAAUAAAGUUAAAAUGCUGAUUAAUCAAGUUUCAAAAAGCAGACAGGGCUGAGGUUUAUUCAACAGGGAAAGUCAGAGCAGUCUUCCAACUCGGAGAUAUCAAGAAUUGCAUUCAAAAAGUUCCUUUCUUAUCGAGUGGUUGGCAAAGGAGAAUGAUCAGUUGUCUGAACACCAGCGCUAUCAUCGACAAUCAGUUCGAAACCAAAUUAUCACUUUGCACUAUGGGCUUUUAUUGACUUCCAACAUGUAUAUUUUAGCUUAUUUAGUAAGCGAAU